UUUAUUUUAGUUAUAUUUUACUUUUGAAGUGCGAAUGUCACGUGUUUUUCAAAAUAUAAACAUGUUUCAUAAAAAAUAUUUGUAAUGUUAUUGAACUAAAACACACUACAGAUUGAACCAUGCCGAAGCUCCUUAUCCAACAACGCAUUUUAAGGAGGAAGAUUUGGGGAGCCAAAGUUUACACGACGCCUUUAACACCCCUACAACAUCCUGUUAAAGAAGUCGUACUUAACUAUCUAGAAAAAGAUCUCUGUAAAACUCGAGCAGAAUGUACACAGGCUGUUUUAGAACUCCAGGACGAGUACCACAAGAAAGACUUUAAAGACAUCGGACCCAAUUUCAUGAUUGGUGGUGAUGGUUUCGUAUACGAAGGAAGAGGGUGGAAUUUUGCCCCUGAACAACAUCCGUGUGCGCCACAGCUUCAUGGAAAAGCACUGGAAAUAGCACAUUUUGGAUGCAAAGGUGACUAUCCCCCUAAAGAAAAUGUGUUUUUGUCCUGGGAUUUAAUUACCUUGGGAGUUAAAAAACGCAAAAUUGAACAAGUGCCAGACUAUACAGCCUGUUAUGAUUGGGAAUCCUUGGAUCCCGUUAUAUACCACAAGAAAACAAAAUCGGAAAGUGAGGCUCCCCAAGUAACAACUGAAAGCAGACAAAGAAUAACUCAAUCGGAAAAUGAGAAAAGUCUUGAUAGUCAAUCUGAGGCAGAGAGUCAAGUUGAAACAGCCUCUGCAACUGAUGAUAGUUGUGUUGAACAAACUGACUAAACCUAACGAUGUAUAGGUAUCUGAUUUAAUAUUUAAUACUAUACCAAAACCAAAUUAUUGUAGAAUAACAUUUACGGAAACCAUGUAAAUACUUAUGCAACACUGGUUUGAUUUAGUUUAAUUGAGUUCUUAAAAGUUUUUUCCAAAAUUUUUAUUUUUCAGGGAAACGGGCCCCUCAAUUUAUGAUAGAGGUUGCAUGGGAUCUGAUCGAAUUUGGACUUAGAAAAGGCUUCGUGGAUUUAGAUCAUGACUUAGAGUCACAUUAUGUGUGAUAUAUGUUUGAAUUGUAAUAAAAUGGUAUUACUCAGGACCGUACUUUUGACUUUGCUUACUACACAGUUAAUUAGCUGUUUGGUUCGAGUACUUAAAGUUUUCGCUAAUUUAAUUUAUCAUUUGUUGAUGGCUAUUCCGGUAAAAGACAAAACUAAUUUUCAAUCACCCUAAGUUUAAUGUAUGUAUACAAGUUCUGUUCUAUUUGCUACUAUUUUCAAAUAAAUAUAGCGUAAACACAAUUGCCU